AUGAGCCAAUGCGGCCACGCGAACUGCACCAAGAGACCGACCUACGGCGUGGCCGGCUCCAAGAAGAGAGAAUUCUGUUCGCAGCACGCGAGGGAUGGGAUGGUGAACGUCAACAACAAGAGGUGUAUCCAGCCCAACUGCACCACCAUCCCGUCGUUCGCCGCGGCGGGGAGCAAGAAGGCGGAGUUUUGUUCGCAGCACGCGAGGGAGGGGAUGGUCGAUGUCCGCAGCAGGAGGUGCAGCCAGCGCGGAUGCAACACCCAGCCUUCCCUGGGCGAGGCGGGAAGCAGCAAGAUCCCGGGGGCCUGCAAGGCCCACGCCAGCGAGGGCAUGGUCGGCCUGCGCAGCAAGCGGUGCGCCCGCCGCGGCUGUACCCUGCGCCCGUCCUACGUCUCCGGCCAGGGCAAUGAAACGGCGGAGUUCUGCGGCAAGCACGCCAACGACGAAAUCCUGGCUGCGGGCAUGUUCGGGGAGUACGGUGAUGCUGGUGCGACACCGGCGGCUGCGGCUGCGGCGGCGGGCGCGAAGCGGAAACAGCCGCCUCCCAUCGCGCCGUACGAGCUGGGGAUGGGCCGGAUGGUGCCGCCAGGGCUGUCGGCGGGCAUGGCGGCCAGGAGCGAUAUCCCCAACAAGCGGACCGCGGUGCUGCCUGUAGCAGCAGCAGCAGCAGCGUCGGUGCCACCGCCGUUGAUGAUGCCGCCCCCCUUCUCUGCUGCCCCCCAGCAGCAGCAGCAGCAGCAGCCGAACGACACGAGGUACGUCAAGAACGAGAGCCUGGAGUUCCGGCCGCUGUCGGCCCCGUCGAACGACCGGUACCUGGGGGCGGCCGAGAGCCUGGCGCACUUCCGCGCGUCGCCGAGCGAGAGGUACAUGAACAACUUAGGGGGCGGGGGCGGAGAAAUGCAGCAAUUCCGGCCCCAGCAGCUGAGCCCGAACGACAGGUACGGGGCUGCGGGGCUGAUGCCGGUGGGAGCGGAGAGCUCGGCGUACUCGGAGGAAAUCGCUGCUGUCUUCGACCGGGAGAUGCCUCUCUAA